AUGCAAAUAAAGCUUGGAUAUUUCUAGUUCUAAAACAACUUCAAAUAUUAAAAAUGCAUCCUCAUAGAAAUCUAAAACAUGAACGAGUAGUAUAUACAAUUCUAAAAAAAAGGCCUUAAAAUAUAUAAAAAUAGGAUGCUAUGUUCUCUUUCACAUGAAUUAAAGACUCCUUUAAAUUUAAGUAUUACUCUAUUAGAAUAUUUAUAGUAAAAUAAAUUGGCAAAUGAUGAAGUUUAAGAAUAAAUAAUUUCUCCAUCUUUAAAUUCAAAUAAAUUAUUACUAAAUGUAGUUAAUGAUUGCCUUGAUUAUGCUUAGAUUUGCUUAGGGAAAUUCUAGAUUAAGUUUUAGUAAUUUUCAAUUUUAUAAUUAAUAUAGGAAUGUGUUGAAUUGGUUAAGUUUUAGGCUUUUUAAAAAGGAAUUAAUAUAAAAACUUUUUUUGAUGAUUGUUUACCGAAAGAUAUUAAUUCUGACCCUUCCAGAUUAAAAUAGAUAAUACUAAAUUUAUUAACUAAUUCUAUUAGAUUUACCGAAAAAGGCAAUAUUAAAAUUUCCACAAAAUCAUUACCUGAAAAUCUAAUUAGAAUAGAAGUAUAAGAUACUGGAUGUGGAAUUACAAAGAAUUAAAUUACUAAAAUAUUAAACUCUUUUGGCAAUAUUAAUAACUAAAAUGCUUUAAAUACAUAAAAUGCAGGUUUUGGAUUAAGUAUAAGCAAUAUAUUAGCUAAAGGGUUAGGUUAAGGGCGGAAAAUAGAAAUAAAAAGUGAACUUAAUGUAGGUUCUAGUUUUAUUUUUUAUAUAAUUGAUUACCCUAAAUUUAAAAAUGAACCAAAUAGUAGUUUAGCAAAAUAAAAAAUGAGUAAUUAUAUUUUAUAUAAAUAAAAUAAUAUUAAUUAUAACAAUAAAUACUAUUCAAAGAAUUUAUGUAAAAAUUGCUCUUGUAUUUUAAUCGUGGACGAUGUUUAAUUUAAUUGUUAUGUUUUGAAGUUAAAAUUAGAUUAAUAUGGGUUUAAAUGUGAAAUAGCAAAUAGUGGAAUGGGAGGAAUAUAAAAAGUGUAGGAAAAAUUUAAAAGUUAAUGUUGUAAAAAAUUCCAUUUAAUUUUUAUGGAUAUUGAUAUGCCAGGAAAAAAUGGACUAUAAACUACUUAAGACAUUAUUUAAUUUUAUAAGUCUAUGCAAACUACUGCUUGUGUUAUUUCGGCUUAUAGUGCUUUUGUUGGAUAAAUUGAUAAAUAAAAUGCUUUUGAUAGUGGAAUGUAAUAUUAUAUUACUAAGCCUUUAUAAUAAAAAGAUUUAGAAACUAUAUUAAAUUAGGUCUUUUUAUGA